AUGAGGAUUAUUGGGAUUGGGAUAGAUCUUUGUAAAAACAUAAGGAUGCAUAAAAUUUUGGAAAAUAAAAAUAUAAGGGAAAGAUUUUUGGAGAAGGUACUUCAUCCAAAUGAAAAAAUCAAGGAAAUUAAUUCGAAAUAUUUAGCGUCAAGGUGGGCUAUAAAAGAAGCUCUGGUAAAGGCGACUGCGUCGAGGAGGAUUUUGUUUCAUGAAGUGGAAAUUUGUAAACAGGAGUCUGGGCAACCGUAUAUACGGGCUUAUGGGGAGACGAAAAAUCUGCUUGAAGAAAUUGGGGUGGAAAAUACAAUGAUGUCACUUUCGCAUGAGGAUGAGUAUUCGGUUGCUGUGGUGAUUGCAAUUGGAAAUUAUACUCUGUAGACUAAAUUAAGCGAAGGUGAUAUGCAAAUAAAAUUUAUAAUUUAUGUCAAAAUUGAUAAUCUUAUUAAUUUAUCGCAAUAUAUUAAGUAUUAUUAACCUAUAA